UCGAGUAAUUCAUUCUUAGCCUCCCCCUCCCUCUCUUUACAUAUAUAUAUACACACAUAUACAUAUGUGUGUGUAAACAAAAUUUCUCUUAAUCUAAAUCUAGCUUUCAGUGUUCUUCUAAAGAUGACUGGUGUUCAACAAGAAGGUGAUGAUCAAAGUGUGAGCCUCUAUCUCCUUAAGCAAAAAAUGGCUGAUUUUGCCAAAGAAAGGAACUGGGAUCAGUUCCAUAGCCCCAGAAACCUCCUUUUGGCCAUGGUAGGUGAAGUAGGGGAACUCUCUGAGAUAUUUCAAUGGAAAGGUGAGGUUCCUAAAGGGUUGCCCGAUUGGAAAGAAGAUGAAAAAGUUCACCUCGGUGAAGAGCUUUCCGAUGUGCUACUUUACCUCGUUAGGCUAUCUGAUAUUUGUGGCAUUGAUUUGGGGAAAGCUGCUUUGCGUAAAGUUGAACUUAAUGCUAUCAAGUAUCCGGCCUCGAAGAACUACGGCACCAACGACGACGGCACUGCGGAGAUGUGUGGUUGAUGAUGGUGAAACACACAUGGUUUUAAUAAUAUGUUUGUGAUGUUUACUUUGUUGGUUGAUUCUUAGGGUUUUGGGGUUACUUUUGCAUGGGGGACUGGUAGUAGUGUGGGUAGGUAUGUUUGGUAUUUAUUCCUAUAUUGAUUUCUUUUGUCACUGUUUUCGAAUCCAAUCCUUGUGAGAGAUAAUAUAUAAGAAACGAUUAAAGUA